AUGAGCUUAAUGAAGAAAUGUGUCCUACCUUUAGCCAUCAUCUCAACAUUAGCGACAGCUGCAGUGGCUGUCCAAGAGAAAGAAGGAACUGACUCAGCCCCGGACAGCCCAGCCAAGGCUUUCCUCUUCUCGGCUUCAAUGAUCGCUGUGUCUGAAAUCGGCGACAAGACUUUCCUGAUUGCUGCGCUUAUGGCAAUGAGAUAUCCGAGACUCCUGGUCUUCACAGCGUCUGCGAGCUCUCUAUUUCUUAUGACAAUUCUCUCAGGUCUAGUGGGGCGGACGUUCACAUCGUGGAUUCCUCAAAGCUAUACCCAAUUUUUGGCUGGUAUUCUCUUCCUGAUUUUUGGCUACAAGCUGACAUUGGAAGGAUUGGCAAUGUCGAAGGACAUGGGUGUUGAGGAGGAACUAGCUGAAGUGGAAGAGGAAAUUGCAGUGCAGGACUUAAACAAAAACAUGACAGAUGUCGAAGGUGGCGAACUAGCUAGGGACUCGAGUAAAAACUUCACUAAAAACACUGUUGCUACCAAAUUUGUCAAAAAGGUGACGGAUCUGGGCGCCUACAUCUUUACUCCAGUCUGGGUUCAGAUAUUUAGCAUGGUGUUUUUGGGGGAAUUUGGCGAUCGCUCUCAGAUAAGUACCAUCGCUAUGGCUUCCGGGAGUGACUAUUGGUUUGUUAUAUGGGGCGCAAUAGUCGGCCACGCUUUCUGCACUGCGUUGGCAGUGGUUGGUGGCAAGAUGUUGGCUACGAAGAUAAGCAUGAGAACGGUAACGCUUGGCGGCGCUUUGUCUUUCUUCAUAUUUGCUGUGAUGUACAUCCGUGAGGCCUUCUUGAACCCCAAUUAA